UCCUCAUUUCUAUCCCACCAGAAAACAAAACUACAGCAAGCAUCCGCCUAAUUAGUCAAAACAGUAUCAAACGCGCCUAAGCACCUGACCUCCGUCUCCAUGGAUGCCAUAACCUCUGUUUCAUCCCUCAAAGUCCCUGCCUUCAACUCGGCACCUCGCGAAUUCCAUCACGUCAAAACUUUCUCCACAUACCAUCAACUCUCUCCUCACGUUCCCAACUCAUCAAUCUCCAACAAAAGCACCGCCCAAGCCCCAUAUCUCAAAACUCUUGAUUCUCCACAUUCAUCCGCCUCUCGAAGCUCAUCCCUCAAGCCAUCUCCCAGUUCCCACAGAAAUCCAGCUAGCGGUUAUGCUGCGGCGCUUCUAGACAUAGCCCAACGCAACAAUUCUCUUGAAAUUGUCCAAAAGGACGUCCAAAGAUGUUCGAAGCUGAUCCAAAAUAAGCAAAUUCAAGCAAUUUUGAUUAAUCCACUUGUGGAUGAACAACAGAAGGGACAGUUAGUGAUGGAAGUGGCAAAGAAUGGGAAAGUCAGUAGGCUUUUGAUGCGAUUGUUGAAAAUAUUAAUAGAUAGCAAUAGGAUAAUGAUGGUGAACGAGGUGUUAAUGGAGUUUGAGAGGAUAUUUGACGAGUUGAGUGGAACUAAAGUGGUUUUGAUUUCGUCUAAGAAGAAAAUGGCCGAAGAUACUCUGUUUAGGAUUGCUCAAAGCGUACAAAAGCUUAGUGGGGCUGUGAAAGUGAAGGUACGAAAUUUGGUUGAUGGCAAGUUACCAUCAUUUGCUGUGUAAUUGUAGUUAUACUCCAAGUCAAUGUAAAAGUUUUUUUUUUUCCAAUUCUGAUGCAAAAUUAAAUUACCCCUGCAAUUGAUUGGAUAAUCCAAUUUGACAAACCUGAAGACAUUUUCCUGGAUUAGAUUUUAUGAUGAUGAAAUUCAUUACUGUUGCAGUUGAUAUGAAA